GAGGCAAAGCUCUCAGAUACCAUCGCCAUCUAGCAUCAUCAACACUGUCCUUUUUUUCUGCACUAUAAGAAGCUGCCUCUUAUGGCCAUCACUGAAGAAGAACUUCCGAGCGCCACAUCGAUCCCUAAUAAAGCUCGCAAGAAUGCUCGUCUACGGACAACUUACAGUUCUUUUGGUCAAGAUGGCGUCACGGCAACUGCAAAUGCUUAUGGACACUUGCUUCAAAUUACUCAAUAUUUCGGCAAUAAGCCAUCUGGAUUUGUCGCUGUCAACCUGAACGAAACAGAAGAGCCGCAUUUUGUCAAAUGGCGCGCACAUGACCUGCAACAGCAAUCCAUAGAUCCAACCCAAGGAAUGCGCCUUUUAUUGCAGAGGCCUGCCGAUGAUACAUCUGCCAUCGACAUAUGGGACACGAAUCCUAAGACGAUGUCGGUGCCAGCGAAUGUCUCACCCUCACCGCUGGUGAAACCACCACCACGAGCGAAACCGUCGCCACCAGAAAAAUCAUCAAAGGCGGGCCGAUAUGAUGUGCCAGUACCUCGGCCGCAGUGGGUAAAUCAGUCAGAGUCUGGAUCAGGAUCAAAUGUAAGAUUUGUGCAUAACCGUUGGCCGUGUUUCUCUACAAAGACACCUGCAUUCGAUAUAGACAUACAAUAUGUCAUAUCCAACAAGACUGUGUAUCAAACAUACACAUUCAAACUCUGCCAGGGGUCACAAAUCUUCUCUGAGAUUCCGACAAUCGUCAUAGAUACCAAUUUAUUGCUCCGAGAUCUAGAUUUUAUGGCAAGAGAAGAGAUGAAAGAGUACGGUCUGGAGCCCCAUUACUCUAGUCGCAUUACAAACGACGGCUACUCUGUAGCCCGGAUGCAUAGCGACUAUCUCUAUCAUAGGCAUAGUGACGGCCGAAACGCAAACAAGGAUGAUCGAAACACAAUCGCUCUAUUCAUAUCGCCCUUCAUUAAUGAGCAGCCUCAGCAACCUCAGCAGUUUUCGCAACCUGCCCCCGAAGAUCUCGACAAUUACUUUGUGACUCCAAAUGAGCAAGCUUGGAACGACUUAAUAGAAAACAAGACACUUGAAAUUACACUAGCAUAUACAUUGAAGUUGAUCACUUUAAAGGAAGAAGACAUCGCCACAUCUCCAGUGUCAGCAGCAGAUCUCAGGAAAGCAAAAGAGCAGAUCAACAGACGUUCUCCAGACAUGGUACCGAUCACCAUUGACAAACACCUUGAUUUUGUUUUGAGCCGAAAUUUGGAGCACAUAUUAUCUGUCUGUAGCAUCCCCAUCAGGAAAGUUUCAGAGGAGAUUUAUGCAAUCGCUAUUACUUGUGGUGAUAUCUCUGGUCACCGGGUUUCUGGGAAAGCAAGUUUCCAUGCUUUUCAAUUCUUGCUCUUAGCCUAUCAAUAUUUCGAUUCCAAGGUUCCAGAAAGCGGCCUAUGCACAUUGGAAAAAUGCACAUGUGAGGACUAUUGUUGCAAUAUGCGCUCCCGCAUCUUUCGAGUGUGUCAGGGACAUCUGGAGUGGCUCUUUGGUGAAGAUCAUGGUUUCAGUCCUCACAGGUGGGCUACCGGGAGAGCAAUCGCAGGAUGGGAGAGCAAUCCUACUCUAUCCGAAAAGUCUGUGGUUGACGCCUCUCUUAACAUUAUUAAAGCCGCAGACUUCUACCGGAUAUCGAAAGCGACACCGGAUACCAUUGACGACUUCAGAGGCGACGUUAACGACUGGAUUGAAGAUCUUCAUCGGAACAACCAGGACAUUGAAUACGUUUUCCCACAUUCCUCGGAAGACCUGCCGCUGCAGUUCCAAUUAUCUGAUCAUGCGAUAAUCUGGCGCGCUCUCAAGUCUUUGGAAUUGAUCGGGCUCAGUUCAGAGCUGAAAGCUAAUACCAUACCCGGGCGCCGCAAAUCUAGUUACUCGUCUAGGAAGAUCCAGGACAGCAUAUUCAAGAAGUUCACCACAGAUUGCACGCAAUUGAGCGAGCGUUUGAUGGCGACUUCACGCAGCUUAUCCGAGACCAGUUUCCUACUUCACAUGGAGGACACUGCGACACUAUAUGCUAUGAAAAUGGGUUUAUUCGAUCUUCCAAAAAGAGAAGAAUUAGUUCGGAGAAUGACUAUUGAGUCAAACGAUGAGCCAGAUAACGUGGCUCCGGGAAUGCCAGUUGGCGCAUCAACUAGCAGAUCAGAUAACGACUUGACGGACCCCUGGAGAAAUAAACACGAGGCCUGGAUGGCUACAAUAGACAGCCAAAAACUGCACGAGGAUAACGACGACGAUAAUUGGGAUCAUCCCCUCCAGUAUGCAUUGGCCAUGUGUGACGAACCGGGUCCUAUAGGCUCUAUAGGUUAACUGUUUCCAAGGGAC